UCUUAACUUUUUAAGUGCGAUAAAUUAAGAAAAUAUAUCUCACCAGAACUCUCCAGCGUCAAUUGUGAUUUGUGAAGAAAAUCAAUCUAACUCUGUUUCUUGAUUAGUGUUUCUUGCCAAAAAGCAUAUUCACAGAAUAAUCUGAAAUUGUACCAAUCAAGAAGCUAAUAUUGUUGCCUAAUACACUAUAGUUUAAUCAUCAAAUGUAUUUAUCAUUACUCUGAAUGUCUCACACUCCCUUCCGACAUUCCUCUAUCCAGCCAUGGCUGUAAUCUUGAAGAAUCAUUGCUUAUUAAUCACUUUAUUGUUCCUCUGUUGUUUAUUGCCAUGGAGGCAGAUAAAUGGGUUAAAAUCACCAUUUAAUCCAAAUGAUAUUUUACCACUGUUACCGAGACAGGUUUCUUGGCCUAUCGUUAACUCACUUCAUAGUGCUGUUGACCUGUUGCCUGCUUUUGUUGGGACUGCUUCAAUUGAAGGGAAUAAUAGUUUGGAGUGGAAAGGUGCAUGCUUUUACAAGAAUAUUGCUUGGCUGGAGCUUCAUAAUAAGUCUAAUACUCAAUUUGGUGGCGGCACCCUUCAUAUCAAGGUCAGCAAUGCACACAGUUGGACAUGUAUGGACCUUUACAUCUUUGCAACCCCAUAUCGUGUAACAUGGGAUUACUACUUUUUGUCUCGUGAACAUACCCUUGAAAUCAAAGAGUGGAAGUCUGAAGCUGAGUUAGAAUAUGUCAAAAAUAGAGGGAUCUCAAUUUUCCUAUUGCAAGCAGGAAUGUUAGGAACACUUUCAGCAUUAUGGGAUGUUUUCCCCUUGUUUGUGAAUAAUGGAUGGGGUGAGAAAUCGAAUAUUGGGUUUCUCAAGAAACAUAUGGGUGCUUCAUUUGAAGAACGUCCAAAGCCGUGGGUCACAAACCUUACUAGUGAUGACAUUCAUUCUGGAGAUUUUCUUGCUAUAUCAAAAAUUAAAGGUAUCUGGGGCGGUUUUGAGACUUUGGAGAGAUGGGCAACAGGAUCUUAUGCCGGCCAUACUGCUGUUUGCUUGAGAGAUGCUGAAGGAAAACUAUGGGUUGGCGAAUCUGGACAUGAUAAUGAUAAGGGAGAAGAUGUGAUUGCUAUAUUACCAUGGGAUGAAUGGUGGGAGUUUGAGCUGACAAAAGACAAUACCAAUCCACAUAUUGCAAUUCUCCCUUUGCACCCUGACCUCCGAGCCAAGUUUAAUGAGACUGCUGCUUGGGAAUAUGCAAAAAGCAUGGCAGGAAAACCUUAUGGUUACCACAACCUAAUAUUUAGCUGGAUAGACACAAUUGAUGGAAAUUAUCCCCCGCCUGUGGAUGCUCAUCUGGUGGCAUCUGUCAUGACUGUUUGGAAUCAAAUAGCGCCUGAAUAUGGUUCUAACUUGUGGAAUGAAGCCUUAAACAAACGACUUGGAACUCAGAACCUUAGUCUUCCUGAUAUACUUGUUGAAGUUGAAAAGCGUGGAUCCUCUUUUGCCAAAUUGUUGGCUAUUCCCGAGCAGGAUGACUGGGUAUAUACUGAUGGAAAGUCAGCAUCAUGUGUUGCUUUUAUUCUUGAAAUGUAUAAGGAAGCAGGACUAUUUGGUGAACUUGCAAGCUCAAUUCAGGUUACAGAAUUCACGAUAAAAGAUGCUUAUACUCUCAAGUUUUUUGAAAACAAUUCAAGCCGGUUGCCAAAGUGGUGCAAUGCCGAUGACAAUGUGAAGCUUCCAUUCUGUCAAAUUAGAGGGAAGUACCGGAUGGAAUUACCUGGAUACAAUAAUAUGGAUCCUUACCCCCAUAUGAAUGAAAGAUGUCCAUCUAUGCCUCCGAAAUAUUACAGACCUCAAGGUUGUUGACAAGGUUUACCCCAUCUCCCUUGUAAUUAUUAGAGGUCAGCAUUGUUGAAGACAUAAUUAAGUAAAUACAAGUCAGCUUCCUCUAACAGCUUCAACUUUUAGACGAGAUGGUCAUACACAUCAACAAGCAUGUUGGGUAGGAGUAUAAUUUUUUUACUCAUCAGUUCUCGAGGAGCUGCACAUUGCCUAGGAUAUACAAGGUUGCUAUUAUCCAUAGAUGUUGCUCUUAUUCAAGAGUUUGUACAAAGUUUGGUCUUCCAUUGCUUCUUCAAUGUUGCAUAUUCUAGAAUGCUUCCUGACAAUUUCCUUGUUUUUAUUUAGUUUUAUACUGAAUGGGGCUGGGAAAAUGAAUCCCAAAUAGACUUGCACAUACAGAAAAGAGUUGGUAUUUGAGUGAAUAUUAGUUGUAUCGUUA